AUGCCAGAGGGUCCAUCAGUGAGGAAAUUCCAGCUGCUGACCUCCCCUUUUGUAGGACAAGUGGUAGUCAAGGUGGGAGGGAGCAGCCGGAAGAUCAAUGUGAAUGACCUGAAUGCCCUGAGGCUCCAGGACUCCCAGGUGCAUGGGAAGAACUUGUACCUGGCAUUUGUGGCUGCUGAAGGUCCCUUAGGACCAGCUGCUGAAGGGGCGAUGCUGCAAAAAGAAGCUGCUAGUAGGGCAAGCCCUCCUGCCCAGGGAGGGCAAGAACAGGUUUGUGCUCCACAGAUGCAUCCUUGGGAGGAGGAGCUACAGGAACUCCAGCACUCAAGCUCUGAAGUCCCAGAUGCAGCACAGGGUCCGGGCAGCUGGCUGCACUUCCACUUUGGCUUGUUUGGCAGCAUUCGGGCAAAUGAGUUCUCAAGAGCAAACAAAGCAAAUAAGAGAGGGGACUGGAAGGAUCCUAUACCCAGGCUGGUUCUGCACUUUGAGAGUGGAGGCUUCCUUGCUUUCUACAACUGCCGAAUGCACUGGUGCUCCUCUCCGAGAGCCAAUCCUACUUCUGACAUCCUGUCUGUGGAGUUCCAUCGUGGACAGGCACUGGAUGCCCUCUGUGCACCUGACCCUGUCUGCUACACCCUCUUAGACCAAAGAUAUUUUUCAGGGCUGGGGAACAUAAUUAAGAAUGAGAUCUUGUACCUGGCCAAGAUCCAUCCGUUAACACACGGCUCUCUCCUGGCUCGCUCAGAUCUGGAGCGUCUGCUUGACUGUGCCAUUCAAUUCAGCUCUGCAUGGCUGCACAGCAAGCUGCAUGGCAAAGGGCUGCACCCUCAGAUCUACCAGAAGGAGGAGUGUCCUCUCGGGCAUGCAGUGAUGAAGGGGACCUUUGGACCCUCAGGUGGUUUUAAGAGACUUACAUGGUGGUGUCCUCAGUGCCAGCCUGCAGUACUGUCAGGGGAUAGCGGUCCUUCCCCAGUCACCAUGUGACCUGACUUUGCAUUUCUCCUUUCCUGGAGGGUUUAGGUGGUCUCUGAACCACACUUAGUUGUCCUGAGAAGGGCUUCGUGGUUUCUUUGAGGCUGUUGAGUUUGCUCCUUGGGGACAGUGAGUUAGCAGAGGUAAGAGGAGGUUACAGGAGUUACUGAAGUACGAUGUCUUUUUUUGUCACGAAGUCCCAACAGUGUAAACACAGUAGUUUGACCAUUUCUGAGGUGUCUUGGUCCCCCUGUUCAGACUACAGUGAAUGGAAAGUGUCAGGUAUCGAGUGAGUGACUACUGCAGUCUGACAUGACCCUGUCCCUCAAAUCUGGUACAGGUGCAAUGCCUUAUGGUGGAGUUAGUGGA